AUGUCCAGACCAGUACACAGCCGCCUUGGGCGCAAGCCAUCUGUCCAAUGUGAGGAGUGUGGAAGAGACUUCAACCAUCUUGGUCUACUUCAGCACCACAUGGCCAGAAGGCACCCCAAGAGACACAACCAUGACGGAUACCGGUGUAAGAAGGAUGGGUGUGGACAAUAUUUCACCCGGAGAAGGUCCCUCAAUGACCACCUAAGGAGGAAGCACCCAAAGUCAGCAACCACCAUGUCCAGUAUGACAUGUGUGGCCGUCCCUGAGGCAUCCAGUAUGAUGCCCAGGCCAGCAGCGAGCCCUACACCAUCUUUGGACGCCCCUGCGGACCUCGGGUUUGUGUUUGAUGUUGACUCGUUAUCUCUAGGGUGUUGUAACCCGAACGAUAUUCUAGACGUCCGGACUGUGGUAUUGCAGGAGGGUGAGAGUGGUAACCGUGAGCCUGGGGUUGCCGUUGCUGUAGACCAGAGGGCGGCCCCAGUUCCCUCACUUCCACUCGAGAGCCCGAGUGAGACGCUAGCAAGCAACCCAGAGAAUGCCAGUGGGAAGGACCAGAGUAGCGACAUCGAGCCUGGGGUUGCCAUUAGCACAGACCAGAGGGCGGCCCCAGUGUCUUUGAUGUCGCUCGAGACCCCCCCUAAACCCAGUGAGACAGCUCUGUCUAACCUGGGUAGAUUACUUACUACAACGAUAGAAGGGCUGAUUGAAGAAGUCUCCAGGGCCCCAGCUACAGUGGAUGCGGAGGCUCCCACACCACCAACUGUGAGGAGGCCCCAGCCGUCCAAGGCCACCUGCCCUAAGAGGUCCCCAAGUACCCGGCCGUGGAAACUUAUUCCACUUGACAGCCCCUUUCAGGUGGGAGUUGGAAGUGUGUCUCCUAUGGACCCCAGACUCUUUGGACUCCACUUGGCCCCCUCCAGCCUCUCCACAUCUAGAAGAGGCCAGACCUUUCGCUCCACUCUGCGGAAGGGUCUACAUAGCUCCGGCGAGCAGGCCAUUACCACCAUUCCCGGAGUUAGUAGGACCGAGUCCAUUACAUGGCGGGAGGGACCCACCGAAGUGACAUGGAGCAUGAAAACCAGCACCUUUGACCAGAAGGUGGUCCUCCAGGAGGAUGUUGACCCAAUCCCCUCAAAGAAGAAAGAGCCAACAAUUGCAGCACGACUCGAUGCUGUCUUCGGGAAACUCCCCCAGGAGCAGUAA